AUGUUGCUUUUCUUGUCAGGGUUAACCUUUACUGGCACGGUUUUCGCUCUUGUCAUGGCGACACCACUCAUGGUGUUGUUCAGUCCGGUUCUCGUCCCAGCUGGGCUAGCCAUCUUGCUUGUCACAACUGGGUUCUUGUUCUCAGGUGGGUGCGGCGUGGCGGCCAUCACCGCGUUGUUGUGGAUCCAUAAUUACGUUCAAGGUAAGCAUAAUACUCCGCCAGGAGCUGCGGACCAUUUGGAAUAUGAAGGAUCUCGAUCUAAAAGUGUUGAAUUUACUGUCUGGCAGUGCCAGGAGCUUGGUCCAAAUGGUAGAAUUUCAGUUUUCGUUCCUUUACAAAUAAUAUAA